AUGGAGGACGAUGUGGCAUCCUAUCCUAAGCACCCGCGAAGCACGGUCCACCGUUACAAGAAUCGUGCCGCAUACGACUACGAGACGAUCCACCGAAUCGUCAACACCUCCCCCAUCCUCCACGUCUCCUUCCCCACAGGCGGAGAUGAAGACGAAGACCCCUUCCCCGCCAUCCUACCCAUGAUCGGCUUCAUGGCCUCGUUCUCCUCUCCCGACUCUACAGCGCUCGACGAACCGCUCGAUCUCUACCUACACGGCUACACCAGUUCGCGCCUCAUGCGCCUCGGAUCCAAGUCUUCCUCUCCCUCCAGCGACGACGACAUUGACAACAACAGCAUAGAAGAAACAGAACACGGCCUCCCCGUCUCAAUCGCAGCCUCCCAACUCCACGGCCUCGUCCUCUCCCUAACUCCCAACUCCCACAGCUACAACUACACCUCCUCCAUCCUCCACGGCUACUGCACGCCCAUCACUUCCCCCUCCGAAAAGCUCUGGGCUCUCGAACGUCUCACGAAUCAUAUAAUGCCACAUCGAUGGGCGGAUACGCGCGUGCCGCCGGAUGAGACGGAGAUGCGGGGGACGAGGGUGUUGAAAGUGAGGGUUGUGAGUGCGAGUGCGAAGAUGAGGAGGGGAGAACCGCAUGAUAUGAAGAAGGAUGAGGGGGAUGAGGGGUUGAAGGGGAGGGUGUGGACGGGGGUGGUGCCGGUUUAUACGGUGAUGGGGGAGCCGGUGCGGUUUGGGGGUGGGGGGAAGGGUAAGGGUAAGGGUAAGGGGGUGGGAGGGCUGGAGGUGCCGGGGUAUGUGAGGGAGUAUGUGAGGGGGGAGAAUGAGAGGACGGAGAGGGAGGCGAUGGAGGCGAUGAGGGAGCCGUGA